GCGGGGACGUCCCGGCCGUCUGGGCCUUGCGCGCGAGCGCGGGGCCGGCGCCUUCAGGGACAGGCACGCCCAGCGGAAGGAACGAAAUCGGGGACGCCGCGACCGCGCACCUCAAAGCGCUGCUGUGGCGGGAGCCUGUUCUCGCUCCCGUUGAGCACGGAGAGACUGGGGCCUGGGCUAAAACGCCGGCUCCGUCAACGGUGUGAAGGUGGAAGGUUGGGGGAAGGAGACGGAACGCAAGCGUCUGAAGUGGCGAUUCCGGAAGGCCGACAAGAGAUGUGACCAAAGCCACGUGAUGUCAAUAGUUCGUUCGUCCGUCCACGCCAAGUGGAUCGUGGGGAAGGUGAUUGGAACAGCAAUGCAAAAAACAGCCAAAGUGAGAGUGACCAGGCUCGUUUUGGAUCCCUAUUUAUUAAAGUAUUUUAAUAAACGAAAAACCUACUUUGCCCACGAUGCUCUUCAGCAGUGCACAGUUGGGGAUAUCGUGCUUCUCAAAGCUCUACCUGUUCCACGAACAAAGCACGUGAAACAUGAACUGGCCGAGAUCAUUUUCAAAGUUGGACGAGUCAUAGAUCCAGUGACUGGAAAACCCUGUGCAGGAACUACCUACCUGGAAAGCCCAGUCAGCUUAGAAACCACCUGCCUACCCAAAAAUCUGGAAGAACUCAGUAGCUCUUCAGCACAGUGAAGGAGGAUUGGAAGAAGGAGCCAAAGGGAAAGAUUGAUAAGUUUGCUUUAUGGAAAAAGAAAUUUUUCUAAGUUUCAUUACAAACUGUCUAAUUUCUCUCCCAGUAUUUAUGGAAUAGUUAAAAGUAAAUGAAGUAAAGGCCGUUAAAAUUUUUCAU